GCUCGGUUUAGCAGCCAUGCUCAGGCGCCUUAGAUCAAAUGAUAGGCUGCGACUGAGGGAUACGUUCACUCGAGUGGCCACUGCUUCUCGUACCACACUUCAGGAUCGCCAGAACUCGUAAGAACCAACAGUCUCCCUCUAAGCAGCUCCUCCCUUCUUACUUUCUUCCUUCGAGUCAAGACGUUUCAAGUCCUUUUCCUCAUAAUUGUAUGUACGGAAGAUGCAUUUUGUGACCCUAUGGAAUCUUGUCCACCUUUUUAUCAUCGGUGACCUGAACAGUCAUUCUCGGUUCUGGAAAAUUGUGAUGGCAGUGGGUCGAAAGCGUAACCGGUCUCAUUGGACUUUGGUUGAACUUGACGAGCUUCGCAGUCCGGAGUUGAUAUGUCGCGACUCUGAUAACCACGUCACGUCGAACAAAGACGAGCUAGAUGACACUUCCACUGUGUGCGCGUGCGUGUGCGUGUUCUGCGGGAUCUUGUCGGCACCGGCCACGGCGCUCCGCAGUAAUCCGUGAUUCUCGCUAUCCCCUGAGUUGAAUCACGAUGGACGACAAUGGGAUACCUGAGUCCAUUCAGAACAGAAGGAUUCACGACUCCACGAAUUAACCGUUUUUGAUUGUUUGCUAUUGUACCGACCUACAUGGUUCCGAUAACGAGAUCAGAGCAGCAACAUGACCAACGAGGAUCAAACACAGUUACCUUGAAGUAUGCCGAGGCCAUGCUAAAAUCUUUCCUUGAACCAUCGAUCCUGCUGGGGUUCUUCGUGUGGGGGAGGGGGUU